CCUCUUCUGUCAGGGCACCAGCCCACUGAUUUUAGUCUCAUUAUAUCAGACAGUAUCACAAUCGUGCAUACAGACAGUUUCUCUAAAUCUAGCCCAAAUGUACAGCAUGUCUACAAACAGCGAAAAACCAGGGGAGGGCAAAGAGCCAGAAAGCAGCUGGAAAGACGCGAUCUACAAUCCAAGAACUGGAGAAUUAUUCGGUCGGACUGCUAGAAAUUGGGGCCUCAUCCUCCUAUUUUACAUGGCCUUUUAUGGCUUCUUGACUGUGAUGUUUACUUUCACUAUGUGGGCGAUGCUUCAGACGCUGAAUGAAAACACACCCAAGUAUCGUGUUGCAUCCCCAGGGUUGGUUAUCAGGCCAAACUCUUUGAAUAUAAUUUUCAACAGGUCAAACCCUGUUGAAUAUGGGCAGUUUGUCCAACAUCUAGAAUCAUUUCUGCAUCAGUAUAACGACUCAGAACAAGCUAAAAAUGACUUGUGCAUGGCGGGUCAGUACUCAGAGCAGGAUGAGGAACCUCAGAAGAAGGUGUGCCAGUUCAGGAGGAGUUUACUCCAUCGUUGCUCAGGUAUGGAGGACACCACCUUUGGCUAUGCUGCGGGACAUCCAUGUGUUAUUGUCAAGAUGAAUAGGGUCAUUGGUCUUAAGCCUACUGGAGAUCCAUACAUCAACUGCACAUCAAAGAGUGAGAAACCUCUCCGGAUGCAGUACUUCCCCCAUGAUGGGACUAUCGAUAGGAUGUACUUUCCUUACUAUGGUAAAAAGGCACAUGAGGGCUAUGUUCAGCCUCUGGUUGCUGUGAAGCUGUUGCUUAUGAAGGAAGACUACAACUCUGAGCUAACUGUAGAAUGCAGGUUAGAGGGCUCUAACCUUAAGAACAAUGACGAGCGUGACAAGUUUCUUGGACGUGUCACCUUUCGGGUCCUGGUGACUGAGUAAACCUGUAGCUGGUGCGGACCUCUUUUUUUCCUAUUGUCCCUGUUCUCCUCUUAAGCUCUCCAAUAUACUUCAGGAAUUCAUUUACCCUUCACAGACAAGGCAUGACUGAUUAAUUAUUUAUUUAAUGUCCCAUUUAACAUGUCUUAACAUGAUCUCUGUUUAGUCUCCUGGCGAGCACAUUCUCCUCCUGAAGACGUGACUAUCACUGAAAAUGUAAAUGUAUUUUUCCCCAGGUCUCUCAUUCCCUAGAUAUUUUGAAUUCUUGAAAAUAAUUGCAUUGUACCCUCAAAGGGAUUUUGUUUACAAUGUGAUUGAUUAGACAGGGGUUAGUCAAUACCUUAGUCCUUGGUUGAUGUUUUUGUGUUUGUUUUGUUUUUCUCUCUGUGAAUAUAUUUAAUGAUCGUAUUGUAAAACUGCUGUAAGAUUUAUGUUGAAAUGUGGCAUUAUAUGACAAAUUUUAAACUUAUGAAAUACUUCAAGGAAUCAAAUUUGUAACAAAUGAUUUUCAUAACCUCUGCAUGGAUCUUGGUUCAUGUAGAUGCCUGAG